UGUACGUCUAGAUUGGUUAUUAGCCCCACUUUUAUUUCACGUCCCUGAAGUUCAAAUGGUCAUCCUAUUCCUUUGGAAAAAAAUUCACUUACAGGGGCAUAAGUGAUAAGUUGAAUUGAAUGGUGUAAACAUAGGCACCAUGGCUAAUAUGUUCUAAAAAAUCCAACAUUCCAGCGUCUUCGCUGACGGAUUUUGAGAGGCUUUAAAGAACCUAUGUUUGAGAUUGGUUGAUAUGAUCCUUGGUCACCUUGGGGGAUGCCCCCCUCUGUGGGGUGUUCAUUGAAGAAGGUGGCAGUACUCUUAGGCGAACUUGUGUCUUACUGAAGGUUUCUUGGUUUCGAGGCAAGUAGCUUACUAAGAUUAGGACUUUGGUGGCAUAGAUGGAUCAACUGAUUGGCGAUUUCAACACAGUGUUGAUUACAGGUGCUCUGAUUGCUUCUUGGAGCAGUUUCUCUAGUUUCUUUCUUUCUCUUUGAGAGUCUCUCUCUAGUUUCUUGGGCAGGCUCUUGAGCUACCAAGUAUGUCAGCCUCAAAUGAGAAGUGGAUCGAUGGGCUCCAGUUCUCAUCACUGUUCUGGCCCCCACCGCAUGAUUUGCAACAGAAGCAGGCACAAAUUUUGGCCUAUGUUGAGUACUUUGGCCAGUUUACAGCUGACAGUGAGCAAUUCCCUGAAGAUGUGGCUCAGCUCAUUCAAAGUUGCUAUCCAUCAAAAGAAAAACACUUGGUAGAUGAAGUAUUGGCGACUUUUGUCCUUCAUCAUCCCGAGCAUGGUCAUGCAGUUGUACAUCCGAUUCUUUCACGUAUCAUAGAUGGGACCCUGUGCUAUGACAGGCACGGUUCCCCAUUCAGUUCCUUCAUCUCUUUAUUUAGCCAAACUUCUGAGAAAGAGUACUCGGAGCAGUGGGCCUUGGCCUGUGGAGAAAUUCUUAGAGUUCUAACUCACUACAAUAGGCCAAUAUUCAAAGUUGAGCGCCAAAAUAGUGAAGCUGAAUGUAGCCGCACAUCUGAUGAGGCUACAUCAAGUGGUUCCUCAGUGAAGAAAUCUAACGAUUCUCCAGGAAAUGAAUCUGACCGAAAGCCAUUGAGGCCACUCUCUCCUUGGAUCACAGACAUAUUGCUGGCCGCACCUUUGGGCAUUAGAAGUGACUAUUUUAGAUGGUGUGGUGGAGUCAUGGGAAAAUAUGCUGCUGGUGGAGAAUUGAAGCCUCCAACAACUGCUUUCAGCCGAGGAUCUGGGAAGCACCCACAACUUAUGCCAUCCACCCCCAGAUGGGCUGUUGCCAAUGGAGCUGGAGUUAUAUUAAGUGUCUGUGAUGAGGAGGUAGCUCAACAUGAGACAGCAAAUUUAACCGCGGCAGCUGUUCCUGCACUUCUGCUACCUCCACCGACAACACCCUUGGAUGAGCAUUUGGUGGCUGGUCUGCCCUCUCUUGAACCAUACGCUCGCUUAUUUCAUAGAUACUAUUCAAUUGCUACUCCAAGUGCUACGCAGAGGUUGCUUUUCGGUCUUCUUGAAGCACCACCAUCAUGGGCUCCAGAUGCACUUGAUGCAGCAGUACAACUAGUUGAACUCCUUAGAGCAGCUGAAGAUUAUGCUACCGGCAUGCGGCUUCCAAAGAACUGGAUGCAUCUGCAUUUCUUGCGUGCGAUUGGUACGGCGAUGUCAAUGAGAGCUGGUAUGGCUGCUGAUACAGCUGCAGCUCUGCUUUUCCGUAUACUCUCCCAGCCAACACUGCUUUUUCCACCACUGAGACAUGCCGAAGGAGUUGAAGUACAUAAUGAACCACCGGGUGGCUAUGUGUCAUCAUAUAAGAGGCAGUUGGAAGUUUCUGCAUCUGAAGCCACUAUUGAUGCCACCGCACAAGGCAUUGCUUCCAUGCUGUGUGCUCAUGGUCCUGAUGUUGAGUGGAGAAUAUGUACCAUCUGGGAAGCCGCCUAUGGUUUGCUACCUCUGAGUUCGUCCGCAGUUGAUUUGCCCGAAAUUGUUGUAGCCGCUCCCCUUCAGCCACCUACACUAUCGUGGAGCCUAUACUUGCCAUUAUUAAAAGUAUUUGAGUAUCUACCUCGUGGAAGUCCAUCUGAAGCAUGCCUGAUGAGGAUAUUUGUGGCAACAGUUGAAGCUAUACUUAGAAGAACUUUUCCUUCAGAAACCUCGGAACAAUCCAGGAAACCAAAAAGUCAGUCUAAAAACCUUGCCGUUGCCGAACUCCACACAAUGAUACAUUCACUCUUUGUUGAAUCCUGCGCCUCAAUGGACCUUGCCUCGCGGUUAUUAUUUGUGGUAUUAACUGUUUGCGUCAGUCAUCAAGCUUUGCCUGGGGGAAGCAAAAGACCAACUGGUAGUGAUAACCAUUCUUCUGAGGAAAUCAGUGAGGACUUAAGACUAACAAAUGGAAGAAACAGAUGUAAGAAGAAACAAGGACCUGUAACUACAUUUGAUUCGUAUGUUUUAGCUGCAGUUUGUGCCUUAUCUUGCGAGCUUCAGCUGUUCCCUUUCAUUUCGAAGAACGGAACACAUUCAAAUCUAAAGGACUCUAUAAAGAUUAUCAUACCUGGAAAAACCAAUGGGAUCAGUAAUGAGCUACACAAUAGCAUCAGCUCAGCAAUUCUUCAUACCCGCAGAAUACUUGGCAUCUUGGAAGCUCUUUUCUCCUUGAAGCCGUCAUCAGUUGGUACCUCAUGGAGCUAUAGUUCAAAUGAAAUAGUUGCAGCAGCUAUGGUUGCUGCUCAUGUUUCCGAGUUAUUUCGUCAGUCCAGGCCGUGCCUAAAUGCACUCUCUGCACUGAAGCAAUGCAAGUGGGAUGCUGAGAUUUCUAAUAGGGCAUCAUCCCUUUACCAUUUGAUUGACUUGCAUGGUAAAACAGUGUCCAACAUUGUGAACAAAGCUGAGCCUCUUGAAGUUCACCUGACCCUUACACCAGUAAAGAAGGAUGAUCAACAGCACACAGAAGGAAACAAUACCAUUUCAUCAGAUUGUGGCAAGAUGGAAAACAAGAAUGCUUCAACCUCACAUAAGAAAAACGGGUUUGCAAGACCACUCUUGAAAUGUGCAGAACGAAAUGGUGACGUUGCAAGUACAUCUGGCAAAGCUAUUGCAAGUUUACAGGUGGAAGCAUCUGAUUUGGCAAACUUCCUUACCAUGGAUCGGAAUGGUGGUUACCGAGGUUCUCAAACUCUCCUAACAUCUGUAUUGUCAGAGAAACAAGAGCUAUGCUUCUCAGUUGUCUCAUUGCUCUGGCAGAAGCUCAUUGCAUCUCCCGAAAUGCAGAUGUCUGCAGAAAGUACAUCGGCUCACCAAGGUUGGAGGAAGGUUGUAGAUGCGCUUUGUGAUGUUGUUUCCGCCUCACCAGCCAAGGCUUCAACUGCCAUCGUUCUCCAGGCGGAGAAGGACCUGCAGCCUUGGAUUGCUCGAGAUGAUGAGCAAGGUCAGAAGAUGUGGAGAGUCAACCAGCGAAUUGUGAAGCUGAUUGCUGAGCUUAUGAGAAACCAUGAUAGCCCAGAAGCACUGGUGAUUCUUGCUAGUGCUUCAGAUCUUCUACUUCGCGCUACUGAUGGAAUGCUCGUCGAUGGUGAAGCUUGCACUUUGCCACAACUAGAGCUUCUGGAAGUGACUGCUAGAGCAGUUCAUCUCAUUUUCAGAUGGGGAGAUUCAGGUGUAGCAGUUGCCGAUGGCCUCUCUAAUCUGCUGAAGUGCCGUCUAUCAACUACCAUCCGCUGCCUCUCCCACCAUAGUGCACAUGUGCGCGCGCUCAGCAUGUCCGUCCUUCGAGACAUCUUGAAUAAUGGACCUGCAAACCCCAGCAAGAUCAUUCAAGGGGAACACCGGAAUGGCAUCCAGAGCACGUCCUACCAGUGCCUUGCAGCAAGCAUCAACUGGCAAGCGGACGUCGAGAGGUGCAUAGAGUGGGAAGCCCACAACCGCCGCGCCACCGGGCUGACGCUCGCCUUUCUCAGCGCGGCGGCGAAGGAACUCGGCUGCCCCCUCCCUUGCUGACGAGACCAUCUCCGAAACUGACAUCGGCAGCACUUGACGGUCAGUGCAAGCAGUUGCUGCAGGGUCAGUGAACAUGAUGCUAAUCUCUGGCGGAAGGAUGACUUGCUGGCCUGUUCCGUGAUGUGAUUUAUACGGAUAUUAGGUGGUGUUCCAAAGCAUACGAAGCUCGCUCCCAUGACGCGAUUUAAUUUGAAUCUGACGUUAGAUGCUCGAGCGUAUGGAAUUGCUUGUGGUGUAAUUUGUUUGAGUAAAUUUUAAAAACAUAUAACUAUUUUAACAUAUGUUAUAAUAAACUACAAUUUUCUUAUUAUAGAUUUACCUAUUA